AUGGAAACCAAUCCAUUAUACACGACAGCAAAGUAUGGUAUCGUGGGUCUUACCAGAGCUUCCGGACCUGCUCUAGCCAAGGAAGGAAUCACUGUGAAUUGUAUUUGUCCUGCAUUCAUCAUGACAAAUCUCUGCCCUUCCCACAUCAAAGAUAUAUUUCCGAAAGAGCAUAUUACUCCCAUGAGCACUGUUCUGAAGGCGUUCGAUACCUUUAUCGAUAACGACGACAUGACGGGUCAGAGCGUGGAACUCAGUCUAGGCGAGCUAUACUUCCGGAAGCAACCAGAAUGGGCAAAUGAAAGUCAGAGGUGGCUGGGGGAGGACAGUGACGGUUUUUGGGCAGAAGCAUAUAAGACACCAGCUCCAAUGAGGAAUGGAGUAUGA